ACCGCCUCUCUCUGCGCUGGCUUCCAGUUUUGCGCCAGAAAACCGCAUGGAAAAAACCCAACAACUCGGCUGAUUUAUUUCGCUUCUCUUCAUGUGACUUCUAUUAAAAUCAAUCCCGGAGCCGAUUGCAAAAGAAGAAAUUGGUGUCCUAGUGCAAACAACGGCCAGCGAGGGCCUACCAGGGUCCGCGGCUGCACCUCUGCGAAGCUGGGUGGGAGGGUGCGUCUCUGCAGCCGUGUGAGAUUGCAAAGAGACUCUUAGUUGCACGCUGCCAAGGCUUGUGCACCAUUGCCCCUCGGCUCCGGCGUGGCCAGGCGACUUGGGCUGCAAACGGACCGGCCGUGAAAUCGUGGAGAAGCAGGUCCAGGCUGCUCGGCAGGGACUUCGGACACGUGCGGGACAGGAGAGAAACCAGCGGCGCGUUUGCAACGGCGCCUCCUGCAGGCCCAAUCCGGGCGGGGCGAAUGCACUAACCUCUGCCCCCCCCCCCGGAGGGGGUCCCAGCACUGUUGUAAAAACUUGGGGGAGGCGCCCUUAAAAGCCAGGAGGUCGUGAAACGGGAGAGGAAUGAACUCCUGGGAAGGACAUGAUCCGAGCGCAGAGCGGGUGUGAAACCCUGGGCACCCCCGAAGCUCGGCACUCCAAAAGAGCGUGUGUCUUGAAUUGCCCACCCCCCCAAAAGGACAGGUGCAGCGACAAAACCCAGGCACCCCCAAAGCUCUGCCCCCCGAAGCGGGCGGGCCGUGUUGGCGUUGCAGACAGGGCCGGGAGGGGGGCCAUGCCUUAACUCUGCCGUUCCCGGAGUUGGCGCGCCAUGGAGGAGACGGCCGCCGAGGGCGACCCGCCCAUGGCUGAUGUCCGUCUGUGCGGACACCUGCGGAAACAGAAGUCUCAGCGGCGCCGGUUUUUCGUGCUGCGGGCGCCCAGCGAGCGGGGACCCGCCCGCCUGGAGUACUACGACAGCGAGAAGAAAUUCGGGGCUGGCGGCGCCCGCCCCAAACGCAGCUUCCCCCUGGCCAGCGCCCUGAACAUCAACAAGCGGGCGGACGCCCGGCACCGGCACCUCAUCGUGCUGUACGGCCGGGACGGCACCUUCGGGCUGGCGGCCGAGAGCGCGGAGCAGCAGGAGGCCUGGUACCGCGCCAUGAUGGAGCUACGUGCCGCGGGCCUGUCGCAGCUGGGGAGCGGGGCGGCGUCGCCCUUCCGGGAGGUCUGGCAGGUGAGCCUGCGCCCCAAGGGGCUGGGGCAGGCCAGGAACCUGGUCGGCGUGUACCGGCUGUGCCUGGCGGAGAGCACGGUGGAGCUGGUGCAGCUCAGCGCCCCGGCCCCCUGCCUGGUGCUGCAGCUGCUGAGCAUCCGGCGCUGCGGCCACUCGGAGAACUACUUCUUCCUGGAGGUGGGGCGCUCGGCCGCCACGGGCCCCGGCGAGCUGUGGAUGCAGGUGGAGGACCUGGUGGUGGCCCGGCACAUCCACGAGACCAUCCUGGAGGCCAUGAAGCGGCUGAGUGAGGAGUGCCGGGUGCGAGGCCGGGGCCAGGCCUCCGCCCCCAUCUCGGUGCCGGCCCGGCGCCUGCCGCCCGCCCAGCCGCCGAGCUCCGGGCGCCGCCGGCCCGACGGGGACUAUGCCCUGGCGUCGUCGGACGAGGGCGGAUCCUCCAGCCCUGGGGAGGGGCGCCCGGCUGGCAGCCCGGAGCCGGCCGGCUCCCCGGAGCGGCCGUCGCUGCCACCCUUGGCCGGGCGGAGGAAGCCAGGGUGGUGCCCGGAAUCCGGCUACAUGGCCAUGCUGCCCGGAGCGGCCCUGGGGCAGCCGGAUUACGUGCCCAUGAGCCCCGGCGGCGUCUCUCCACCCCGGGGCGAAGCCGCCGGCUACAUGCUCAUGUCCCCCAGCGGGAGCUGGGCGCCCGAGUACGUGAACAUGUCCCCGCUGUGGCGCUCGGCCGGCAGCACCCCCCCGCGCCGCAGCCCCCCGCCCGGCGCCCCCGGGGAGGCCCCGUGCCCCUUCCGCUCCCUGCCGCGCUCCUACAAGCACGGGGCCUGCCUGGCCGUGCCCGGGCGCCUCUCCUCCUGCUCCUCCUCCACCAGCAGCGAGAGCCUGGAGGAGCCAGUGCCCCCGAGCCCCGGGGAGUACGUCAGCAUCGAAUACCGGCCCAUCCCGGGCCAGCCGGCGAGGGUGGAGCCCGGCGGGCGGUGCUGCGGGGAGCGGGGCCCCCCAGCCUGGGAGGAGCCGGGACUCAACUACAUCGCCCUGGACCUGGCCCGGGGAGGAGGCGGCCUGGACGGGCACCCUCGGGCGGCCGGUGGCCCCAGCCCCCAGGCCUACGCCAGCAUCGACUUCCACCGCUCCCAGGAGCUGCGGGGACGCCGGGGCGGAAGGGACGGGCCAGAGUGCUGACCCCUUUGCUGUCCAUGCGGCCUGGUGACUUUGUGGCUCCCCUGACUCAGGACCAGUGCUCCACCCCAGAGCUGGUCGCAUUGAGACACCUGAUACCUCCGCAGACGACGCGCCUCGGUUUCCUCCCGAUGGACCGUGAACCCCUUUAAGUGCCUUUGUUUUUGGGGUGCGGCUCUCGGGGGUGUGUGUGUGUGGAGAACAAGCCAAAGAUGGACUUAUAUUUUGGAGGGGCUGGUGCCUUGCACUCCGGGUGUCCUUUGGUUCUGCUGGGGGGACACCACAGAACCUGACCAUGGGCUUGAGGUUUCAAGGUCACCCCCCCGUUUUGGGGGAAUUCCUCUGCACCAAAGCCAAUUCUUUACUCCUCUUUUUUUGGGGGGGGGUAUCUCCCCA